AGCUGUUAUGCUUUAGCAGGGCUGACUUAUGCAGCACCUGAGGUCUUCCUAUCUACGGAGGGAUUGCCAAUUGCUAUACGAUAUCUGCGGCAGCAGACGCUGUAUGAGCAGAGGAGUUCGAAGACACAUCAAAUUCAAUCCGAAGACGAUGACGAGGAGGAGGACAAAAGCGAGGGUGGUUUGGAUCCCUUCUUGCGUGAGGAGAGUAGUCUUCAUGUGAACUUAAGUGGCACAGAGAGAGCAAUGACCACUCCAGCCUUCAGUCGAGCGGAAACGGUGCUUGGAUUUGCAGCUGACAACUCGUCAACAACAACAAAGACAGUUCACCUGCGAAAUGAUGUGGCAGAGCACGAUGCAGCUACGGAUCUUGAGCAUGCAGCAGUGGAAGAAGUAGAAAAUGACGAUGAUGAAGAUGAUGAUUGUGAUGAUGAUGAUGAUGACGAUACCUCUCGCGUUGUUUCAGGGAUGAAUGAGGGGGAUGGCUCCAUGCUCGGGAAUCAUCCAGGAAGGCGCUCAAUUCAGAAGCGGACCUCGCAGUCACAGCAAGAUGACGGCACCGUUUCUGUUUUUCAGAAGGACCUUCUCCGGCAAGGCAUUGGCAAAGAUAGGAGAGGGUCAUCACACUCUGACUGCAGUGAUGACGCUGAGGAGUAUGGUCGCAGUUCGGUUGCAUUUACAGGAGAUGUACAUGUGACUGCUGAGUUGCCGGCCAAGAAGAACCAGGAACAAAUGGCAAUCUUCCAGAAAGACAGAAAAGGGAGGAGUGGUUUCACCAUCAAGGAGAUCAAUGACAUGCAAAUUCUAGGCCUUGGUCCCCCUGCUCUGCCUAACCAGCAAGCGGCAUUGCAUGUCAUUCUCACCUGUUGUGAAUUUCAAGAGUUGAAGGAAGCAAUUACUCGAUAUGGAGGAAUGAGACUCGUCUUGAGUAUAAUCCGCAACCGGAGUUUUGCAGCCAAUCUUCGCAAAGAGGCUUUGAUGGUGGCAUCCGCAUUGUGUGAGAACAGUGUCGAGAAUCAGAGGUCAUUUCGUCUGAAUGGUGGACUUGCGGUGCUUCAUGCUGAGCUCAUGGCUAUUUGCGCUGAUGAUCAUUCACAGCCCUCCUCUCUAGCAACCAUACUUAUCAAUUGCUUGUGGCGAAGUACUGUGUGCAACAGAAAGAACCUCACACGCUUUCUUGCUAUGGAUGGUCUUGAUGUAGUUCUCACAUACUUGGAGGUUUGCAAUGGGUCUUUACUCAAGCCGCUGCUCACAUGUAUAGCAGAGAUUGUGGAGAAUCAGAAGGCACACUCAUUUUUCCACGACUGGAGGAGUGGGACCACCCAUAUGUCAGCUUCAUCUCUUCUCAUACAGCUCUGGUCAGAAGAAGAACAUAUAAGAGGCUUACUCUGCAAGACUAGAAUGCAGGCGACGAUGGCGGGUGUGAUGGGACCAGGCGUCAGCGGGCAAGGGAUGGGCGGUACCGCAUAUGGACACCAAGGUUUAGGCGCACAAGGCAGCCUGGUGAUGACACCUCAAGGGAUGGCUGGGCAGAAUCUGGGGGGAUCGCCAUUAGGAGGCAUGGCCGUCCCGACUAUUAACACUCCUGCUACGCAGUAUGGAGUGGUUACAUGUUACAUCUGCGGAAAGAUCGGGCAUUACGCCCGCAAUUGUUGGCAAGCACAGAACAAGCAGAAGCCGAAGGAAGACAAUAGCGAGAUGAGGGAACUGCUUCAACGCAUUGCACGACGCGAGAGAGAGGAGGAAGAGAAGAAGAAGCGAGAGGAGGAAGAAACUAGGAAGAAGCAAGAAGAUGAGAGACGGGAGAGCGAGAAAUUGCGGGAGGAAGAAGCACGGGAAGCAGGGCUGCAGGCCACGAUCGUCCGCAUUUUGACGCAGAGGAAAGAGAUACUAACGGCAGCUCCUAAUCCUCUACCAGCGAUCGAACCUAAGAGACGCUCACCGCGAUCCAAGGCUCAGAUCCUACGCGAGAUUAAAGGCUACAUCGUGGAAUCUGACGAUGAUAGCGAAGAUGUGAAGGAGGAGGUUGGAAAGCUCAUUAAAGCUUUGGAAAGCCGGAAGAAAGGGAGGAAGGACAAUACCGCUCAGCGUCGACCAACGAGCCGCAGCAAGAACAACUCGAAGAAAGGGAAGGCACCAGUAAGCCAGGAAGCCGUCAACGAAGAAGGUUUUCAAACGCCGACGAAGGCCUGCGCCGCAGAAGCUUCUAGUGAAGGGUUGGUAGAUUACGCUCUCGCUCAAAUGAAGAUCCUGUCCGGUCUCAAGGCACAAGAAAUCUCAGGAGAUUGUCCGUUGUCGCACCAGGCGGAAAACUUGGAAGAUCGUAUGUUAUUCCGAAAGGUUAAGGAUCUUUCAAGAUGGAGGCCGAUCUCGCCAUCAUGCUCCGAACCUUCUCAGACAGCUAGCGCUCGACUUGGAAGGACACUCCGCUAUAUGCUCGUAGGACUUCCACGAUCCAGUCAUUUUAGCCUACGAUCUACGGAUAAUCUUAAACCGUCACUGACGCGUGGAAUCAAGAAGCUGGAGAAGAACGGGGACACGAUCCUCGGAAAGAGCUACGACAUCAAAGAUAUGUUUGCUCGGCUUCCACAUGCCGACAUUCUGGCCGCCGUGGUCUGGUUGAUCCAGGUGUACAGCUCUCGCGACAUCGUGGGGGCAAAGGUAAGCAUCCGUGGCAAAGUAUGCAAGAUGUCGAGGAACGGAAGGAAGGAAGAAGGGUACAUCGACCUUCCUUUCGAUCGGAUCUUACAGAUGGUCCGUUACGAACUUCAGUAUACUUACACGAUCUGCAAAGGGAAAGUAUACCAACAGGUGUUUGGUAUACCAAUGGGCAAGAACUCAUCCCCUACCCUCGCUGAUCUACUCUGCGCGAAGGCUGAGUUUGAUUUCCUGAGCUCACUCCAGAAUGACCGGCAAUUGAUUACCGGGGUCCGAUUGUUAGACGAUGUGUCCGUACUUGGGGUGUAUGACACUACCGUCGCUGGGAGUUUUGGGCAUGUCCUUAGCAUUCUAGAUAGGUUUGAGAGCUGCUAUCCGCAGACCUUGAAUCUAGUAAGGAAAGACGAUGACAGGAACACGUGGGAAUUCUUGGGAUCAAAGCUGUUUGUUGAACCAUGCCCGAUGCGAUUCCAUGUCCAUCCACGUACAAAAAAACAGUCUUGCAUUAUUAAUCGUGGAAUUAUCCACUUCCAGUCGAUGCAAGACUAUCAGUCUUACUCUGCAAAGAAGGUCAAGAAGAUGACACUUACAGCAUCCAUGCUCUGGUUAUGGCGAACCUCCACGGACGACGAAGCUGCUAUGACAUCCAUCAUCUGCCUCGUAAAAGAGGCACGCCUCCGGGAUUACCCCCCGGAGGUCUUCUUCGGAUCCUUGGCACGUUUUGCCAAGGUAGUGGGCGCGUGGCACUGGUUUAUGCUGUUGAAUGCAGGCAGAGACUCCUGCAGUGGUUCAUCAGAUAUGUCCGCCUCAGGAGAAGACACUGAACCCGAACAGGAACUGGACCAGGGACUUGAAACAGCUGGUGAUGACGAUGAAUCUGACUCUGAUGACGUCGGUGUAGCACGCCAUCACCAAUGGCGAGACGGUGAGUAUGGAAGCGAUGACGACAACAAGAGUGCAGAGGUGAUGGAGGCUAUUGAUGGAGAUGUCAAUCAGAGCCCAGGCGGGAGAGGAGCACAAAGACAGGAGGAUUUGGGAGCGAAAGGGGAGAGCAAGAUUCAUCCUUUGCUGGUUGUGGCAGAGCAAGCGAUGAACCGAGUGCCUCCUGCUGGUGAGGGACGAAGACAAAGUAGCAGCAGUGUGUUGCUGGGGGAGAAGGACAAUAUGGUUGGAAGAAGACGAAGUAGCAGCAGCGUAUUGCUGGGGGAGAAGGGCAAUAUGGCUGGAGAAAGCGGAGCUGCUGCUGUGAUGGCUGCUCCUGCUAGAAGACAAAGUGGCAGCGGCUCAUUGCCGGUGUCCGGGGAAGAAGCAAAGAACCAAGUGCCUCCUCCUGCAGGUGAGGGAAGACGAAAAAGUAGCAGCAGUUCAUUGCCGAGGGAGAACCCCACUACUAUAGUUGAAGAGAGUGGUGCUGCAGUAACAGCUGCUCCCCCUCCCGGAAGAAGACAAAGUAGCAGUUCAUUACUGGGGCAGAAAACCACCAGUGUAGUUGGAGGAGGUGAAGCGGCAGGCCUUGCAGAUGACGGAAAACGCAAGGUAUCGACAACGUCAACGACAGGCUCACCAUCCAAGCCAAUAGGAGAAGAAGACCCUAGUCUUGCUCAGCAGGCUAUGAAGCUGAGUGGCGGAGAUGCAGAGGGAGAGGAAGAGGUAGAAGAAGAGCAGAAGCAGCUGCAGGAUCAUCCUGCACUUUCAGCCAUUGGAUAUAACUGUGGUGACUGGCAAGGCAGUCACGCCAGGAACGAUACCUUUAGCUGCAGUGAAGAUGCCGACGGCUAUGACGACGAAGAUGAAUCUGCAGUAGAUGAUGACGAUGACCGUCAAAGAUCAGGCAGUCUGAACGACUCUGGAAGAAGUGCUGACCUCAAAGACUGGUUGCGGAGAGGCCACCUGAAGCGAGAUUGGAGGAAGUACGGAAGCAUCAUCACUCAAAUAAGUGUGCCUGAUCUUGGAGAUCUUGAAGGGAUGGACAAUGCAGAUUUGUCGUCACCAUUUGAAGCCGACAUUGAAAACCAGGGCGGUGAAAAUGUUGCUCCCUCUCCCGUGCAUGAAUCUCUUGAAGAUGACCUCAUGGCAAAGAUUUAUGCUAUUUUUGCAAACCUAGGUUUUUCAAGUUUUGAUUAUCUGCCUCUCAAAGAUCAAAUGAAGCUCUGCGCGAUCGAGUAUUACAUGAGAAUGAAGGAGAGAGAAGCUUGGCUUAUGAUUGAUGAUGAGCUCACCAGAACCGCAAUGAGGCCUAUCCAUUCGGACAGCAAACGACUGCGAGCUGCGAUUGACGAGAGCCGUGACCUUGUGACAAGGGUGGCUAACCUUCAGGGUCAUUAUCUUCAAAAGCUCAUGGAGGAACAUGUCGGCAAGGAGUCUGCUUUCUACAGUGGAACCCGUUUCCGCGAAGCACAAGAAGCCCAACUGAGAACAUUCAAGAGGAGCCGGAAGACUCUGACAAUGAAGGAGCGGGCGAGGGCUAAGGCGAAGAAGGAGAAAAUGUUGAAGUAUUCCUUCAGAGCGCCCGUCAUUUUGGAGGGUGAUAUUAAGGGAGUCUCAGCUGAGGCUCUUGGUGAGUACUAUGAGAAUUUGGCCAAGAAAAAGGAGGCUGCAGGUGAAUCUGACGGGAAACCCAGUGAAAUACAGACGAUCACACAGGCGUUCGUUGCACCAGACACAGCAGCAGCGCACAUUGAUGGGAUGCAGUCCCGCAUAUGACUCCGCUGCAUCCACAGUCUUCGUUCUCUGUUGAUGUCAUCAGUCAAUUCCCAAUGACCUGACCAGUUUAAGGAGGGACACACUUUUUUUUCUCUCUUCUUUGUCACGUGUCUAGGGUGGCAUUAGAAACUCCGAAAACCAAACAAAAAAAGGAUAUUAUUGGAGUGAAUGGCAGAAUUCACAGAAGUCUAUCUGGAGAUAGCACAAAGACAAAUAUGAGACUGUCGUCCACUGAACAUGGGGUGAGUGAUUUGUAUGGGAAAAAAACUAGUCUCUCCUUUUUCCCUCUCAAGAAACAUCGAGUUUAAACCACCAGUACUUGGCCCAGCUAUCGGCCGCGGAAAAAAAAUAGAGUAGAAACGUUUCUAGUCGGAUGAAUUUGGGCGCUCCUGUAGUAGCCCGUACGUUUCCUAAAAUAGUGGCGCGUUAACGGGCACGACUGUAGGAAGUACUGGUGGUUUAAAGAUUUCUUUGAGAGAGGGAAGAGACCUCAAGGGUCCCUGGAAGAGUUGGUAAACCACAACAACGAAGACGUAGUGUUUCAAGCUUGUGGAUCAUGUAGCGGACGGGUGGGGUGCAGUGUGUGCAGCUCCACACCAAUAAACUGGAGACGACAAAUCUCUGCAAGACCUCAACUUGAGGGGUGCUCUUAUUUCUCUCUCUCUCUCGCACUUGCCAGUUGGCGUUCAGUAGAGAGGUAAAGAAGAAGCCUCAUGCUGGGAGGGAAGGCGGGGAAGGAAGGAAACAUCACUGAAUUGCCUUUUGGAGGGAAGAGGGAGAGUGAUUGUGCUCAGCCGGGGUUUGAUUUCUGGAGAGGUAUAUUACCUGCUUAAAGGACUCAAGGACUGGAAUCCUGUUUUUCAGUCACCCCUGGUUAGUAAAUUUCUCGCCAUUCG